CUAAACUCUUGCUCCUUUAACCCAUCCACCCCCUCAUCUGCUUUCACCCUUUGUGAGGUUUGAAUGGAUUCCCUUAGCAUCUCCCUGAUUAAAAGUGAAAAGCUGAAAUGAGUAAUUCCUUGUGACAGGACUAAUCCUAACCUGGUGACCUGACAAAGCUUUCCUCACCCACCAGCCUCCAGGGCACCUCAGCCACCUAGUGGGGCCCCAGUCUCAGGACUCAGAAUCUCUAAGGGAGAGAGGCUGAAAGCUGCCUGCUCCAAAUGGCCAAUGUCCUCAAGGCUGUUCAGCUGGGCUGUUCCAUGGGCCAGAAACUUCCUGGCUUGUCAUCCCUCUGGCUUUAGUGUCUGACUGGCAGCACGGAAUUCCCAUCAUUGCAAAGGAGUUGAGGAGAAGCAAAGGGGUUCAUCAGAGAUAUUGUCACUACUUCCAGUCACACAGGACCUUCCUGGGAGCAGCAUGUCAGAAGGAGAAGGAAUAUUCCGGACAGUCUCUGAGGAGGAGCAAGAACUGCGUUCCAAGCUGGAGCGACUCACGACCAAGGACCAUGGGCCUGUCUUUGGAAAGUGUAGCCAGGUGCCCCUACACACCAUGCAGAAGGCCAAGGAUGAGCUCAAUGAGACAGAGGAAGCCCGGGAGGUGGCCGUGAGGGAAUUGCGGGAAAUGGUUCAAGAACGAGCUGAUUCUGGAGAUGACAUGGGUCGAUUGGUGGCUGAGAAAGUACAGGGGAAGGAAAAUGACUUCUUCCUCCGUUUUGUUCGGGCCCGAAAAUUUGAUGUCAGCCGUGCCUAUGACCUUCUUAAAGGUUAUGUGAAUUUCCGACAACAAUACCCUGAGCUUUUUGAAGAUCUGUCACAAGAAGCUGUUCGUUGCACCAUUGAAGCUGGUUACCCAGGCGUUCUCUCUAGCCGGGAUAAGUAUGGUCGUGUGGUCAUGCUCUUCAACAUUGAGAAAUGGGACUAUGAGGAAAUUACUUUUGAUGAGAUCCUGCAGGCAUACUGUGUCAUCCUGGAGAAGCUACUGGAAAAUGAGGAAACCCAGAUUAAUGGCUUUUGCAUUGUUGAGAACUUCAAGGGCUUCACCAUGUACCAGGCAACAGGCCUCAGGCCCUCAGAGCUCAGGAAGAUGGUGGACAUGCUCCAGGACUCUUUCCCAGCCAGGUUCAAAGCUAUCCACUUCAUCCACCAGCCAUGGUACUUCACCACCACCUACAAUGUGGUUAAGCCUUUCUUAAAGAAUAAACUUCUGGAAAGGGUCUUCAUUCAUGGAGAUGACCUGCAGACCUUCUUCCAGGAGAUUGAUGAAGACAUACUGCCUGCUGACUAUGGAGGCACACUGCCCAAAUACGAUGGCAAAGUCGUAGCCGAACAGCUAUUUGGACCCCGAACUGUGGCUGAGGACACUGCCUUUUAAGAAAGCCUACUUAUUACUUCCCCCAGGGACCCCAGCGAUCCUUUCUCUCUGCCUGUCCUGAAGGAAAACAGUUGUCUGAUGAAUUGUUUGUGCGAGUGACUAGGCAUAUAUUUUUGUUGUUGUCUAUGUACGUGCACAUCCAUGUCUUUCUCCACAUGCGUAACCCCAGGCAGUAUCAGAUAUCUCUGUCUUGCCCACACUGAGCCAGCAAAACGGAGAGAAUCUUCCUAUAUGUCUAAAACUGGAGGACAGUCUAACUUUCUAGCUGUCACUUAAACUACGGGGCAAGGGUGGAAUUAAGAAAGGGUGGCACAGGGGAGAGAGAAAUAUAAACAUUGACCCAUUUUUUUUUUACAACUCUGAUAAAAACAAGCUGUUCACUGCUGGCUACUCCCACUGCGGCCUUCCAAGGGACUGUACAAGCGUCUCCUCUUUAGACAGAGACCUUGAGUUGGCAGCCUUGACUUGACCCCAAGUCAUUGCCCUUGCAAUGAGUGUGAUGUAGAUCAUCAUACUUACAGGUAGCUUUUUGGAGUACAUAUUUGGGGAAGUCUGGGGGCGUAUAAAGGCUGUAAAAGGUAGACAAAACACCAGUGCACAUUGUAGUUACAGUCAAUCAUUUGACAAAUGGUUAUUAUCACCUGAGUCUGCACCUUAGCCAUAUUUUGAUUCACUCCUUGACUUCUUGGGUAGUCUCUUUUUAGACCCAAGUCCUUGAGGAAAGCAAAGUCCCUUUAAGCUACCUGAUCCCUGGGAUCUGGCUGUUCUAUUAUUUACUCCUGGCUGCAGGCCCAGGAGCUCUUGAACUUUCUCCUACUUUCCUAGGGAGCCCUGAAUAGGUCAGUUCCUUGUCCAAUAGUCCAAAGACUAUUGUUUGACUGACUCUUAUUCUUCACCAUUCAAAAUCUCCCUAGUUUCUUUCCCUCACCACCUUUUACCUCUUUCCCCAGACUAAAUAAAAUUUCUGAGUUACUAACCAUGUGACCUAGGACUAAUCAUUUAACCUCUCUGGGUAGUGUCUUUAUCUGCAAAAGGAGGAGUUUAGAGUAGAUCAGAGGUGUCAAACUCAAGGCAUAAGUGCUUGCAAAACUCCCAACU